AUGCGAAUUUAUCACCCACAGGCUGAUGUUAGAGUUUGCUUCUCGUGCCAGCAGCUAGGGCACCUUGCUAAGGACUAUCCUACGCCUAGUGGGGCAGUUUCGUCUUCUGCUAGCGCCUUGCAUGCUGUGAGGCCUAAAGCGGCUAGAGCUUCAACGACAACCAGAUCGAUAGCAGAGAGACGUGUAUUCACUACUUCUGCAUUAGAGGCAACCCAGGCGACGGAUCUCAUUCAAGGGACAGCGGUAGUGGCAGGUAUUGAGGGACGAAGGUACAAAGUAAAUCUUAUUUGUAUCCCGAUGUCAGGGUUAAAUGUAAUCCUGAGUAUGGAUUGGCUAACUGCCAAUCGUGUGCUAAUUGAUUGUGGCCUGAGGUUUUUAAUCUUUCCAGAGGAGCAAAGCUGUGUUGAAUUGAUUUCUACUCGCCAAGUAGAAACAUCCUUAGGCGAGAAAGUAUCUUGUUUUGUUUUGUUGGGUGUUAUGAAUGUAGAAACUAAGCAAAGCCUUCAGUCAAUACCAAUAGUACGGAAAUUCCUGGAGAUCUUCCUAAAGGAUAUUCCUGGAAUACCUUCACGUAGAGAAGUGAAGUUUGCUAUAGAUUUGAUUCUUGGAGCUGAGCCAGUGUCUGUAGCACCGAAAGAGUUAAUGGAGCUUAAGGAGCAGAUUGAGGAUCUAAUGUGGAAACAGAUGAUUAGGCCGAGUGUAUCACCUUAG